AUGUCUUUUUCGUCACUCCCUGCCACUCUGUCACCGGCCCUCAGCGGCCGAGAGGCCAUUGCAGACGCCAUCUACCGCUGUGUCAUCGCGUAUGACACAGAUGAUUUGGCACUAUUCGAAUCUUCCUUUACUAGUGAUGCCAUCUUCGAGGUUAAUGGCAAAAUUAUGAACGGCCUCGAAGCCAUCAAAACACAGAGCUUCGUCCCAGUCUCCAAGAUGGACACAAACCACUUCAUCAGCAACAUACGUAUAAACGUGAUCGACCCAGAUUCGAAGGCACAGGUCACCUGCUCAGCUCUUGCACAACACUACCGCAGCGGCGAAGGUAUGAAGCCGGGUGCUGUGUCGCUACUUGCCGGCUCCCUCUACUGGGCAGAUGUGACUAAGGACGUCGGGGACGAGAUAUGGAGGAUAAAGCAUAUCAAACUCAACUCGACGUGGAUACAAGGCGACUCGGGCGUGCUUACCGAUUAA